GUCAACUAAACUACAGUUGCUCCCUGAUAUUUUAUGAAUUUUUGUUUUUGGUAUUUUGUGUCGAUGAGAGACGUGAAAUUUCUCUAUAUACACCCCCACUUUCACCCACAUUACUCUCCAGUGUCAUUGUUUGUCACCCCUGAAACGUAAAAGAAACCCUCCAAAUUAAGGAAUCAAUUUCAUUCACCACCAUGGCAGACCCAACAAGUAUCAUAGCAACAUGGUUAACACCUUCUUCCCUUUUCAUCUUUGUAAACCUCGUCAUAGGUACCAUAGCUAUCACUUCUCGUUUCUCUUCUUCUUCUCAACCCAAAAACAAAAACCAACCUCAACUCACUUCCUCACCCUCACUUCUCCACCGUGUUAGGUCCUUUAAUCUCCGUCACCAUUACAACAACGACGACGAACCCGAGUCAGACUCCGAGUUCACUCACCCCCAACUCGUUCCAAAACCGUCUCUGUUAAAGCGUGUCGUGUCCUUCAACCUCUCGUUCAACAAACACCACCCACCACCCACACAGACAAUAACACAAACACAUUGCGUGCAACCCGAAGCCGAAAACAUGGGUCCGGAUCCAGUUAAGACGGAACUGGAUUCGGGUCCAGACCCGGUUAAAGGUGAACUGGGUUCGGGUCUGGAUCUGAAUCCGGGUUGUGAUUCGGAGAAGAGUAAGGUGAAGAUAUUGAAGAAAUCUAUGAGCGAGAAGGAGUGUUUGAUGAAGUCGGAGUGGGAUGAAGAGGAGGAUGAAGAAACGGUGGAGCAAAGGAGGCCUGCGACGACGGGAAGGAGUGAAGAGUCGGAAGAUAAAGAGGUGGAUGCAAAAGCUGAUGAUUUUAUUAACAGGUUUAAGAAGCAGUUGAGGUUGCAGAGGCUUGAUUCAUUUCUCCGACGGGCAGACACCAUGUGAUGAUGUCAGGAAUUUUAUUUUUCUUUGUUCAUCGAUGCUGAAGAAUUAACUAUUAUUUGAGGGACUUUUACGUUUCAUGGGAAAUACAAAACUUUUGUGCUAGUGGUUUUGUUUCUUUUGGUAGAUUUCAGAGUUGUUGGUGUUGUUGUGGUGCCAAAUUAAGAAGGAAAAUUGGAAAAAUUACUAUAUGUGUUUAUGUUUAAAUUAUCAUAUUUAGAUGCAUUAAGUCUUUCCAGUUUAUCCACA